AUGGCUGGUCGUCUAAAUUUCCUCACGCAAAAGGCACCCGAGAACUAUGUCGCAGGUUUAGGUCGAGGUGCCACCGGCUUCACCACACGCUCUGACCUUGGACCUGCUCGUGAUGGACCGAGUGACGAACAAAUCAAGGAGCUUCUCGCGAAGCGCGCAGCCGCCACUGGCCUCGCCGUACCGACUGCAUACGGUGGAGGGAAGAAGAAAGAAGAUGAGGAAGAUGAGAACUUUGCGGACGCGGACAACGAUGAAGCAGGUCUGUUCUCGGGGGGUAAUUUCGAUCGCGACGAUGAUGAGGCGGACAGAAUCUACCAGGCGGUGGACGAGAGAAUGGGAAAACGUCGCCAAGCUGCAAGGGAAGAACGAGACAGAAAAGCCGCCGAGGAACUCGAACGAAAGAAUCCGAAGAUAUCUGCGCAAUUCAACGACCUCAAACGUGCACUUGGCACAAUAGCAGACGAGGAAUGGGCCAAUAUUCCGGACGUUGGGGACCUCACGGGCAAGAACAAGCGCGCUAAGAAAGACCUAAAACAACGUUUCUAUGCCGUUCCGGACUCGGUGUUGGCAGGUGCCAGAGAUGGCAUGGAGCUAGGGACCGAGAUACAGGAAGAUGGCAGUGCGGCCAACCCAGCAGAUCAACCAGAUGGAACCACCACAAACUUGGCGGGAAUAAGUACUGCCAGAGAUCGAGCUCUGCAGUCUCGCCUUGACCAAGCUGCGCAGUCGCAGGCGUCGGGUGCGGACUCGGUCUCUGGGACGAGCACAACGAUAGAUCCCAAGGGUUAUCUCACCAGCUUGGCCAAUUCCGAGAUCGGCUCUGCAGAGACCCAAGUGGGGGACGUGAAUCGCGCUCGACUUUUGAUGGGAUCAGUCACAAAGACAAACCCGCGCCAUGGUCCCGGCUGGAUUGCUGCGGCACGACUCGAAGAGUAUGCUGGGAAGCAUGUGGCAGCUCGCAAGACUAUCCGUCAAGGGUGCGAGAUGUGUCCGAAAAACGAAGAUGUCUGGCUAGAAUCGCUGCGUAUGCACAAGACACACGAUAUACACGAUGCGAAGAUCGUAGCAAAGCAUGCUUUGGAUAAGAACAACCGGUCCGUUCGAUUGUGGCUCGAGGCGUUCCAGCUUGAAUCGACUCCGAAUGAAAAGAAAAGAGUCCUGAUGCGCGCUCUUGACUACAACCCACAAUCCGUGGCGCUUUGGAAGGAACUUGUAAAUCUAUCAGAGGACCCCAAGGAUGCCCGACUGUUGCUUCACGCCGCCACCGAGAAAAUCCCGCUAUCGGUGGAACUCUGGCUUGCAUUGGCUCGACUAGAGACCCCGGAUCAAGCUCAAGUUGUGUUGAACAAGGCGCGUCAGGCUGUGCCGGGUAGCCCCGACAUUUGGAUCGCAGCAGCCAGACUUCAAGAGCAAAGAGGACAAGACAAUUUGGUGGUGUCGGUUAUGAAGCGUGCGGUGAAAAGUCUCACAAAGGAAUCCGCAAUGCUGAAGCGUGAGGAUUGGAUUGGCCAAGCGGAAAUUUGCGAGUCUGAGGGUGCGCUGCUGACAUGUCGCGCAAUCAUUCAGGAGACGCUCGGGUGGGGUCUAGACGAAGACGACGAGCGGAAGAAGAUUUGGUUGGCCGACGCUAAAUCUUCGACGGCGAGAGGGCGUUUCGAGACUGCGCGAGCUAUCUAUGCGUACGCCCUCCAAAUCUUCUACAACCGCAACAGCGUCUGGCUGUCAGCCGCGGAUCUCGAGAGAAAUCAUGGAACGAAAGAUCAGCUUUCAAAGGUCUUGGAAGACGGCACUAAGGCUCUUCCUGGUACGGCUGAAUUGUGGAUGCAGCUUGCCAAGCUGAAACAGCAAGCAGGCGACCUUGAUGGCGCCCGAGAUGUGUUAAAGGAUGCUUUCCACAAGAACCCAGAAAGCGAACCCAUCUACCUUGCAGCAGUACAGCUUGCAGCAGAAACUGGUGAAACGGAGCGUGCUCGAGACCUGUUCGACCGGGCCCGCAAAGCUUCUGGAACUGACAGAGUUUGGAUCAAGAGUGCCGCGUACGAGCGUCAGCUAGGAAAUCUUGACAGGGCACUCGAGCUGGUGAAUGAAGCAUUGAAUUUACCUUCUGCUUCGUUCGACACACGCGCACCUAAACUCUGGAUGCUGAAAGGUCAAAUAUACGAAGCCAAGGAGAUGUUACCACAGGCGCGCGAGGCAUACAACGCCGGCACUCGGAAAUGCAGUCAGAGCGUUCCAUUAUGGCUUUUGGCAAGCCGACUUGAGGAGCGCAUGCAUGUUAUCGUCAGGGCAAGAUCUAUCUUAGAUCGAGCUCGAUUGGCAAUACCAAACAAUCCACAACUAUGGACAGAAUCUGUACGGCUCGAAGUGCGAGCGAAAAAUAUGGCAGCCGCCAACCAGAAAAUGGCCCAGGCACUUCAAGCGUGUCCCAAGUCGGGUCUGAUUUGGAGUGAGCGCAUCUGGAGUUUGGAGUCCCGGACACACAGGAAGCCGCGUAUUCUUGAGGCCAUCCAGCAAUCCGACAGCGAUCCAAUCCUUUUCGUGACUGCCGCACGCAUCUUCUGGUCGGAAAGAAAAUUGGAUAAAGCGGACAACUGGUUCCAAAAAGCGAUUAUUUUGGACCCCGAUCAGGGUGACACCUGGGCAUGGUAUUACAAGUUCGCUCUGAUGCACGGCACGGAACAGAAGGUGAAGGAAAUUGUCGGUCGAUGUACAGAUAAUGCACCGAAGCACGGAGAGAUUUGGCAGGCCGUCAACAAGGCACCCGACAACGUUGGCAAAAGCGUUGAGGAUAUCUUGAAGAAGGUCGCGAAAGUUUUGGAUGCUGUGCAAAGGGAAGUCUAG